UUUUGCUCGUCCAGGGAAAGGAUCAUGGCUUGGUAAAGGCAACCUGGAGACAGGACCAGACCAGUCCAGUAUGUCCUUAGAGAAUCUAGUGUUUGGCGCUGGCUACUGCAAACCCACUUCUUCAGAGGGUAGUUUUUACGUUCCUUCAGAAAAUUGCAUGCAGCAUGCAUACAAAUGGCAUAAGGACCUGUGUCUUCUGCUCUUGAAUGCUCAUAGAGGACUUCAUAUGUACUACACUCUAAUAAUGAAGGAGAUUCCUGACUUACCACAGCUGAAGUUGGAGGAGUUAUCUGUGGAAGACACGUUAUCUCAGUUUUGUACGGAACUUCAGCUGUUGAGCAAUCCAGAGAAGAUAGCAGAACAGAUAAGCAAGGACCUUGCCUGGCUUUGCUCCCAUCUCUUGGCCCUGUGGACCCAAUUCCUGGAAGUAGCAACGCUCCAUCCGGAAGUCACAGCUUAUCUGACUCAGGAACAUCACAUGCUAAGGGUAAGAAGAUUCUCAGAAGCCUUCUUCUAUACUGAGCACCGGAAACUCGCUGUGUUGACGUUUCAGGAAGGCCUGAUCCAAAGUCACGGACAUAUUUCUACAGAAAUUCGGAAUUCAGAGUACUUCACCAGCAUGCCCCCUCUGCCAGCAGAAUGCCUUGACAUAGAUGGGGACUGUAACACACUCCCGGUUAUAUUUGAAGACAGGUACAUGGAUUUGCCUUGCAAAGGUGAGAAUUUUGAUGUUUUCCCAGAUUUUGAGGUUGCAGCAGACACCCAAGUGGAUGCAAUAGUCAAUGAGGAAGAUUUUGCAUCAGAUGAUGCAGCAGAGAAAGGAGACUUUGGAAAAGGUACCCUGCUAAUUCACACAGAUAGAAUAGAUGGGAAUCCCUCCUGCGUAUAUGGUGGUACUGAAGGUGCUGCUUGCACAGCUAAAGGCUUAAACCAGCACUCCACAUCUCAGGUAUGUACAGUGAACAUAGAAGGCCAAAGGAAACCAGAAAAUAUUUUUGUUUCAAGUAAGGGAACUGCUUCUAACUUGGAGCCAGGCAAUACAGAAUGCACAUCAGAGGAUUUGAAAACCUCUGAGGAUGCUUCAUUAAAAGACAGUAGACUCGCACCAGAUGUUACCUUUGGAGAUACAAAACCUAGCAAUAAGGAUUCCCUAAAAAGUGAACCCAUGUUAAUCGUUAGCACUCAGGAUGACUGCGGAACAUGUGAAACUGAUGGCUUGGAAAGCAGAACUGCAUUACAUAAAACGGUUGAAUCUCCUUGUCCCGCAAAUAAUUUCGCUCCAUCUGAACUUGCACUAAAAGAACUAACCAGUCUUGAGAAACCAGUAGACCUAGAUGCUAAGGCUCUGUUACCUGUUUUGAAAGCUUUGCCCACCCACAGUGUGGAAAUGAAAUUGUUCACCAAGGAGCAACGAGCUGAGGAAGGUGAAGAGUUUCCUCUGAUGUCAGGUGUUAUAAAGAGGUCCUCUUCAAUAAUAUCUGAUUCGGGCAUUGAAAGUGAACCAAGCUCAGUGGCAUGGUCUGAUGCCCGUAGCCGGGCGCUGGAGCUGCCCAGCGAUCGAGAGAUCCUGCACCACUUGGUACGGAGACAUGCCAUUCACCGAAAUUCCCUGGAGGGUGGCCACACAGAAAGCAAUACUAGCUUGCCCAGUGGGAUCCAAGCAUCGCUCACGUCCAUUAGCUCUUUGCCCUUUGAGGAAGAGGAGAGAGAAGUAGAGCUUACCAAACUGACCAAAUCUGUUUCAGCUCCUCAAAUCAGUAGCCCGGAAGAGCCUGUGGAGGAGGUGGAUAUAUCCAAACACAGUGAAGUGCCCAAUGGAGCUUCAGGAGGAAACUUAAAAAGUUGCAUGGAGUCAGAGAGUGGAGACAGCCCAUUAAUUGUGAACUCUUCUGGAUGUCAACUUGCCACUGAAAGUAGCCGACUAGAACUGACUAGAACCAAAACAAACAAACCCCUCACAAACCCCUCUGACAAACACAGUAGCAGUAACACUGAGUUACAAAGGGAAGAGGAGAAAGAAGGUUUUUCAGAGACAUAUUGCAGUUUGGAAUGUGCAGAAACACCUCAAAAGCAGCUCAGAUAUGAUGCUUCUGAAUGCCCAACAGUGGAGAGCAAUGAUGAGUGCAGCUUAAAAACAUCAAGGGCUUUUAGUUAUUUGGACAUGAACAUAGAUAAUUUUGAUACAUGCAUUGAGGAUCCAAAAGAUGAGCCUAAGCCAGAGAGUUUGAACAUACAGCAAGGCUUUUAUUCCAGUUUGGGGGUAUCAGGAGAGGAGAAUCUCUCACACAACGUGGAGCUGGUGCCAGAGUUUUGCUAUCCUGUUCCAGCCCCUUUGGAGACCUCCACCAAAUUUGGUCCAGUGCAAGAAGAGAGUGAUGACACUGCUGCUGACAAAAGUGUGGCAGUAUAUGCAGAAAUGCAAGGGUUGCAAGAAAUUGAGCUCAACAAUUCACCCACCUCAGCACAGCCUGCUGUGGGAUCCCGCCAGGCUGAAUUUCCUCAGGAACUUGUCAACCGAGAGCAUAAACUUGUAGCUAAUGGAACUGGGUUUCACUCGGUGAUAACGGAGGGGGUAGCACUGGAAAGCAAAAAGUCUACUGAUGUGGUUAAUUUGUCCAUCUCCUGCACUGCCACGUGUCUUCCCUUCUCUUCCGUGCUCAAGGAGACCCCAGCCAUGGUCAACUUCUCUUCAAAGCAGGCUGCAUUUCCCAUCACACACCAGCCUCUGGGUUCUUUCGGAGUUGUCUCUUCCAAUUUGAAUGAGAUGGAUGAAGAGGCCAAUGAAAGGAUGCUGAAUUUUUAUCAGGCCAAAGAAAAAUUUAAAAAAGAAAUGAAGAUUGAAGGAUUUCUGUACAGUGACUUAUCUGUACUAGCUUCUGAUAUCCCAUAUUUUCCACCAGAGGAAGAGGAAGAAAAUUUGGAAGAUGGAAUUCACCUGGUUGUCUGUGUCCAUGGGCUGGAUGGCAACAGUGCAGAUCUGCGGUUGGUAAAGACGUUUAUAGAACUGGGGCUCCCAGGUGGAAAACUGGACUUCCUAAUGUCGGAAAGAAACCAGACUGAUACAUUUGCUGAUUUUGAUACAAUGACUGACCGAUUAUUGGAUGAAAUUAUUCAGCAUAUCCAAUUAUAUAACCUCUCCAUAUCCCGAAUAAGUUUUAUUGGACAUUCCCUUGGCAACGUCAUCAUCCGAUCUGUACUAACUCGACCCAGGUUUCGUUAUUACCUCAACAAAUUACACACCUUCCUGUCCCUCUCCGGGCCUCACCUGGGAACACUUUACAACAACAGUACUUUGGUUAGUACAGGUCUGUGGCUCAUGCAGAAGUUGAAAAAAUCAGGGUCGCUUUUGCAACUGACCUUCAGGGACAAUGCAGAUCUGCGCAAGUGUUUCCUCUAUCAGCUCAGCCAAAAAACAGGUCUUCAAUACUUUAAAAACGUUGUGUUAGUGGCCUCGCCUCAAGACAGAUAUGUACCCUUUCAUUCAGCAAGAAUAGAAAUGUGCAAAAAUGCACUUAAAGACAGACACACAGGUCCUGUUUAUGCAGAAAUGAUUAACAACCUACUGCAGCCAUUGAUUGGGGCGAAGGACUGCACUUUAAUACGACAUAAUGUGUUCCACGCUCUGCCCAACACCGCCAACACACUGAUCGGUCGUGCAGCCCACAUUGCAGUACUGGACUCCGAACUUUUCCUGGAGAAGUUUUUCCUCGUGGCAGGACUCAACUACUUCAAAUAGUGCCUGAAGUAUUGGGUAACAGAAGCAAAAACCAUUUUGUUGAGUGGAGU